AUGGUGUUGCAGAACCAGUGCAAUAAAAAUCUUUUCAAAUACAUAACGAAAGGCGUUGAUAGAGCAACUGUCGUUAUACACAAGAACGAGCCAGACACGACUAAUGAGAUCAACAAUUUUCUGGAGUGUCGGUACAUAUCAGCCUGCGAAGGUUCAUGGAGGUUGUUCGCUUUUCCCAUACACUAUAAUCUGCCCAAUGUUGUGAAGCUUCCCGUACAUCUACCAGGUCAGCAUGUGAUGGUGUUUGACGAAACUUCUGACUUAUCAAAGGUGGUAUACCGAGAAAAUAUUGAUAAGUCAAUGUUAACAGCGUUUUUUGAGGCAUGCGACACAUACGAAGAAGCUAGGGAGCUGACAUAUGUUGAAUUUCCUUCAAGGUUUGUUUACCAUUCUAACGACAAGGUAUGGACACCCAGGUUGCAAGGGGAAGCUAUUGGGAGAGUCGUGUAUGUCAGUCCAGCAUCUGGUGAUAGAUACUUCUUAAGGAUGCUGCUAAAUGUUGUUAAAGGUCCUAGAGGUUAUGACGUGUUAUACACGGUAGGAGAUGUGGUUUAUAAGAAAUUCAAAGAAGCGUGCUAUGCACGAGGAUUGCUUGAUGAUGAUAAAGAGUGGCAUGAAGCAAUAGAGGAGCCAUCUUCAUGGGCCACCGGACGGCAGCUGAGAAGGUUGUUUGUGCUUAUCUUGGUUUAUUGUCAAGUUGUAGACCCACUCAAGCUUUGGGAGCAUACUUGGAUGUUUCUAGCAGAGGACAUACUGUACAUGAAACGAAAGGAGUUUCGAUUUCCAGGACUCGACUUACAAGAUGAGCAGUUAAAGCAGUAUACACUGCUCGAGGUUGAAAAACAUUUAAAAGAGCAUAACCAGUCUCUAGCAGACUAUGAUGAGUUGCCUCGGCCAGACAAUUCAAUACUAUCAGAGGUAAACAACCAAGUUUUGCGGCAGGAGCUGAUGUAUGAUGUUGAAAGGGAAGGAGAAGAGACGCAUAGGGUAUUGUUCUCAGCGAUGAAUAUUGAUCAGCAGAAAGUAUAUGCUGCUAUACUGAAGUCAGUAGACGAACGUUUGGGCCAGUUAAUUUUUGUCUCAGGUGCAGGAGGAACAGGAAAGACAUACCUAUACAGAACUAUUAUCGCAAGGCUUAGGUCAGUUGGAAAAGUAGUUAUACCGGUUGCUACAGCUGGCAUCGCAGCGUUGCUGCUCCCGGGAGGAAGGACAGCUCACUCUCGGUUCAAACUACCUCUGAAUCUAGAUGAUCGUUCAAUGUGUGAAAUACACAAAGGGUCGAGUUUAGCUGCAUUGAUAUCCAAGGCAGAUCUAAUAAUAUGGGACGAAGCUCCGAUGGCACACCGGCACGCUUUUGAAACCUUGGAUCGUUCCUUCAGAGAUUUGUUAACGCAUGAGAAUCCAGAAGCUAGCACACAGCCCUUUGGUGGCAAAACGGUGCUUCUCGGCGGGGAUUUCCGACAGAUUUUGCCAGUUAUUCCACACGGAAAAAGGCCAGACACUGUACUCGCAUCCAUCAGCAAAUCAUAUCUAUGGAAAAUGGCCCGAGUAUUCACCUUAUCCAUCAACAUGCGGCUGCGGCAAGAAGAUAAGGACUUCGCAAAAUGGAUUCUACAAGUCGGAGAUGGGGAAGCUGACGCCUUGCCGUCGAAUAAACCAAAACAUGAGGAAGGGAAUCAGAUUAUUGUGGACAAAAGGUUCUUGAUAUCUCGCUCAGAGACACCACACGAAGCUUUGGACUACCUAAAAGAGAGGGCCGUGCUGACACCUACCAAUAAUACCGUACAUGAGGUGAACGCUUAUCUCCUCUCUAAGAUCCCAUCACAGGCUAGAGAGUAUUUGAGUUCCGAUUCAGUGGAGUUAGAAGCUACGCCAGACGAUGAUUGGACCACCCACUACCCGUCAGAGUACCUCAACUCACUUGAGUUUCCGGGCCUCCCUAACCACAGAUUGUGCCUCAAAGUUGGAGCUCCGGUGAUGAUGCUGCGCAAUCUUAAUCAGGAUCAAGGUCUGUGCAAUGGUACAAGAAUGGUGGUUACUCGCCUAGGUAACAGGGUUGUUAAAGCGAGAAUUAUGACUGGGACAGAUGUUGGAGAAGAAGUUUUGAUCCCUAGGAUACAACUUAGUCCCACUGAUACCAUGCAUCCCUUCACCUUUAAUCGAAGGCAAUUCCCGAUCAGACUGUGCUACGCCAUGACGAUCAACAAGAGCCAGGGCCAAAGCCUAAACCAAGUUGCUUUAUAUCUUCCUCGCCCUGUUUUUACUCAUGGUCAGUUAUACGUUGCCAUGUCUCGAGUAACAACUCCGAAUGGGCUUAAGAUUUUAGACGAGACUUCCGACAUGGGCGGUGAAGACGGAGUUACUAAUAUUGUAUACAAAGAAAUCUUUAAAGACGUCCGGAUGACCGAGGUUAGAGCUACACAUUUACUUUAUACAUUUUAUAUACCCAAGUUUGAUUGCAGUGAAUAA